CGCAGAAACGGAACCUGUGGAGCGUCGGAGUUGACAAAGUUCAGUCACAGUGAUUGUCACGGGUUGUGGAGUAGUUCUGGGGUGGUUCUGGGGUGUCCCGGAGCGCUCUGACCGCAGUUCAGUCCAGCGGAGCUCGGGUUCCGGGUGGAAACAUGUCUGGGGAGGACGCGCGGGGGCAAUUCCUGUACAACUUGCCCCCCUCUGUCCUGUGUGAGUUCUGCCGGGUCAUGGACGGACUGUCAGACCUGGACUGGACCCGCUUCGCCUCAGAGGUUCUCAGAGAGCAGACGCUGGUCCGAUUGGCUGAGAGGGUGGACAGGCGGACCGACUAUGUAAUGAACCUAUGGGGAAGCAGGAACGGCAGGGUUGGAGAGCUGGUUGACCUCCUGGAGUCACAGCAGUUGUUCAGGGCGAGAGACAUUAUCCUGAGCUGGAUGUCCAAUGUAACCCUUCCGCGUCCUGCUGCUCCUUCUCUCUCCAUGUUUGAUCCUCCUCCCAAACCAGCUAUGGCUCUACCCACAGUUGAUUACUCAGUCAGCGAAGAAAGGGGAAGUCUGCUGCCUGGACCUGCCCCCCCACCUGAUGAUCUCAUAUCAAGGAAUCAGCAGCCACCUCAGGAAGUCCGGCCUGAUGAGGUCAUGCCUCCUCACCCUCCAGCAGCAGCGAGCUGCUGCAGCAGCACCGUCAUGUGCUGGUCGUAUGAAGAGGUGCAUGCUGGGACACGGGGCUUCUCCUCAGCCCUGCAGGUGGGGGAGGGGGGUUUCGGCAUCGUGUACAAAGCAACUCUCCAUCAUGUGGACUGCGCCGUCAAGAGGCUCCGACAGGACUCCGAGAUCGACUGGUCUCAGCUGAGGAGGAGCUUCCAGACAGAAGUAGAGAAGUUGUCAAAGUUCAGACAUCCAAACAUUGUGGAUCUGCUCGGUUUCAGUGAAGGAGGAGGGUCGAUGUGUUUGAUUUACAAAUUCAUGGAGAACAGAUCACUGGAGGACCAACUACACAAUGAGCGUGCCUUGCUGCCGUGGCCUCUCAGACUCGGCAUUGUUCAAGGAGCAGCCGCGGCGCUGCAGUUCCUGCACUUCCCCCCCGCAGGUCAAGAACCGCUGAUCCACGGAGACGUGAAGAGUUCCAACAUCCUUCUGGACCAGCACCUAGAAGCGAAGCUGUCAGACUUCGGUCUGGCACGGUACGUGCCGAAACCCAAUCCAAGUCAGACGACAUCUGUUGGCAAAACAGCGACAGUCAGAGGCACUCUGGCUUACCUGCCCGUUGAAUAUACGAGGAAGAGAGAGCUGUGCACCGCUGUGGAUGUCUACAGUUUUGGAGUGGUGCUGCUGGAGGUGCUGACAGGCCGUCGAGCUCUGGAGAAGGACAAAGGGUCCAAAGAGAGAUUCCUGAAGGAUCUGGUGGAGGAGGUGGAACAGCAGCCUAACAGUUCCUCUGCAGAGGCGUGGAGGAGACAACUGGACCGACGGCUGACGGAAGGGGGCAAAGUCGAGCCUGCCGGCAGCCUGCAAGUAGCAGCUCUGGCCUGCAGGAGCCUACACAGUCGGAGGAAGGAGAGACCAGACAUGAGUCAGGUGCUUGGUGAUCUCCAGAAUAUCAGCAGUGUUGUGAAGAAGACCCCCUCCAGACCCCCGUCCCUCCCCAGACCUCCCUGCUGUCUGGAAUCCAGUGUGGAAGCUGUCUCUGAGCAGCUGUCCAAACUGGGACCCCUGGAGCAGACGUGCCAACCCUCCCAGAUCUCCUCUUCUUCUUCCUCCUCUUCUUCUUCCUCCUCUUCUUCCUCCUCCUCUUUCUGUGCCCUAACCCCUCCUCACCCACUCCAUUCCUUCUCCAUGUCCCCCCUCUCCUCCUCCUUCGUUGGCCCGUGUGAAACAGAUGAGAGUCGAGGAUUCUCCCAGUACGAACUCCAUCUCCAGGCUAAUGGAACUAAUGGGACCAGAUGCAGAGACCAGUACCAGAGUCCAGCUGGGCCCCCACAGUCCAUGUGCAGCCAGCCCUCUGUGCCCACCGAGGACCAAUACAACUUCCCUCCCCAGCCCAACAGAACCACUUACAGUUCUGGGCCCAGGUCCUGCACCGGGGCCACAGGGACUUCCCCCACAGGACCAGACACUAGAACCACAGCAGGACUGAACCAGUUCUCCCCUGCGGGGUCGCUGCAGUCUACAUCACCUGGGCCCUCAGUGCACGUAAACCCCAGCAAACAGCGCCUGCUGGAGAAGAAGACCCAGUACGAGGAAGGCCGGAUCAGAACGCCUGAGCUGCUGUCCUCUGAUGACCUCUAUGGAGAUUCUGUGGACAUCAGAGGACCGGAGGAGAGCGAUGACUUGGACUACCUUCCUGCCAAACACACCUGACACGGUUCUGUUGUCAAAGGGUGGACUCUUUCUAACGUAUCAGAACUGCAGGCCCUCUGUACUGCUUCAGAUUUUGCUCUGAAACCCUGAAGAGCAGCAGCCGAUUGAGCCGGGUCUUGGACUGGAACCCGUCACCAGUAUUUAUUCACUCGUAUUAACCGACUCCCAAACACCUUUUCCUUCAUGUCAUUAAACACCAAGCCAGUACAGACCUUUCACAGCUUCAGUCAGGUGUCUUGUUGACUGACCACCAGACAACUAAUCAGUCAUCCCGGGAACCAAGAAACGACCAAGCGACCGUGUAACCAACGCAUGUUCGCCCCAGAUCCUGUAUUUGAACACUUUUACCACAUCGCCUGUACCGGUAUUUCCUGGUUUUAAUAAAAGAUAUUUUUCUGGUUUUCUAAAACAAACACUGAGAGUGAAACUUGUUCCUAGAGCUGUUUUAUUUAUUCAUCUCUGAAAACAAACUGAAACGUGGACACCAGCAGAGACUCGAAGGUUUUCUGCCGGGCGCGGUGUACAGGAUAAUCGGCCUGAAUGUAUGGCGCAGGGCCAUAAUGCUUGUUGACGUCACAGCCCCAACGACUACGGUUCUGAAGGGUAGGGUUAGUAUGAAAACCACCUGAGAGUCCACGCCAGACC